UUCACAUUACAACACACAGAACAAUGUGGAGACUUACUAGGUCUCAAUAGCAUAUUUGCAUUUCUCCUUUUCAGAAUUUGUUAAUUAAUUGUAAAUUCAGAUAAUCGGGUUUAAAAUAAAAUUUCUGCAAUAACUUUCAUAAAUUACUUCUAUGUUAUUAAUAUGCAGAAAUCUGGUAACUCGUCACGCUGUAUUAGUUCAGAUUAGGUACCACUAAGGAGAAAUUUGGACAUCCACUGCUAUAGAAAGCUUGUAGAAUUAUUUAAACGGAAACUUGACGGGUAGUGAUUCCAAAUACUACAAUAUAGCAUUUUCGAGUGGAAAGCGAUUACAGUGGUAUAGACACCCCUAAAGUGCGCACGCGUUACGCGUCACGGCAGCGAGCGCCGCGCGCAUGCGCUAAACGAACCGUGAAGCCUGAACUACAUUUCACGCGUUGUCGUAGUCACAUGUGAUGAUAAACGAUGGAAAUUAAAUCAUAUGUUUUAUAAAUAAUAUAAUUUGAUGUUGACAUAGCGCGCCAUUUGCAACGCUCUGUCAGUUUGCAGCUUUCAUUGGGUUAACUAGAAAUCUGAUUGAUUUCGCCGGUCCAUUCUACCCGUAAGUAUACUCUCAAGCAAAUACUAGAGGAUCAAUAACCGUUAAAACAGAUUGCUCUUCUCAUAUUAUCUAAGAGUCGAAAGACUCGAUAAAAUGUUUUAAUAUGUUGUAAAAGUUAAAUGGAAAAUACCUAUAUGAACUCCACACUCUACACUCUAUUCAAUACAUCAAAAUGGUUUUUUUUAAUUUCUAAUGCAAAAUAUAUUAAGGUUAGGCCUACUUCCUGAAAGUUAUUUGUUAAAACAUGCACAACCAUAACCAAUAUUAAUCAAUGGAAAUCAAACAGUGCGUAGUGGGUAGGUAAAAUAAUGAACAAAGAUAACGGUGGCUGCGUUAAGUAAAGUAGCAGAUACGAAGAUAAUAUGAGCGGAUACCGCAGCACCGGUGCUGGUGUAGCUGGCUAUGACCCAGUGAUCGCGAGCGUUGAAAGCGACAUCGCCGCAUAAUCACAGUGGCAGGGAAGGUGGUCCGGCUGACUACACCGGCGGGCGCAGGACGUACAGUGCGCGCGCAGCUCGCCAUGCGCACACGCUCGUCACAUGGCGCGUCGCCUGGCGCUGCUUACGCUGCUGGCGUGCGCGGCGGCCGUCCGCCGCCCGCCGAUACAUUCCGCAGACAUCUCCGACUCCGAAUCCCUGGACCCUUUCUCCGUGUGGGACGAAUACGAAGACUCCUAUGAACCCACCCCUCCGCCGCGCAUGCGCUCCUCCACGAUCGGAGCCAAAGUGCUACUUAAGGGAAAAAUCCCUAAAGUGAACGUGACUAUGAACGAUAAAGGUGAAGAAAAACACGUUAAUAUUAAUAUUGAGAGUCAUACCAAUUUUAUAGUAACUAAACCACCACCAGUGAAACCUAAUUCGGUGUCCGGUCGUCCUAUCGUCCAGAUCGGUGAUCAAUAUGUGUACAUGGACUCUUCGGAAAUAGAGUCCGUGACUCGUCCCUCUACGAAGAGGCCGGAGAGGCCGGCGAGCUCGCGGCGCACGACCCGUCGGCCGAGCACCACUCGCCGGCCACCACCGACCACACGGCGCACCACCACGCGCCCCAUGCGCCGCACCACCAAGCCUACCAAAUCUCCAUACAAAAAGAAAACCAGUUGUCCGCCUAAAAAAUCUGGGUGGUUUUCAUCAUUUUUUGAAGAUAGUAAAUUGAAGAGAGUUCCUGAGAGACCAUCAAAAUCAGGUUGGUUUUUAGGUUUUUUCUCCAAAAUAUACAAUUGGAUAAUGGAAUCCAAAUCAUCAUGGUUUGAUGGCAGUUGGUUCUCGGACAAUAACAGUGAACCUAAGUUACCCAUGACGACGACCACCGCUCGGCCGCUGACGCCGGCGCCCAGCAAUUGGUUCCAAACACUAAUCGCCAGUGAGGACUUGGAUGGCGCGUAUCAGACAAACGAGAUUACUGUCAAGAAGUCGGCAAAGAAAUCUUUAAAGAAGACAUACAAAGGUUACCAACUGAUCAGAACGUAUCCAGAUGUUAAGUGGAAGGUGCACGAGAUGUUGGACUUGCAGGAGGAGGCGCAGGGUUCGGGCAUCAUGUGGUGGACGUCGCCCUCGCUCAAUGGCACCACAGACUUGCUUGUACCACCCGACCUCCUGGCCGACGUCAAAGAUCAUCUCAAAUCAAAUAAAAUCGACUUUGAUGUAGUUAUCUGGGACUUACAGAAAGCAAUAACCUACGAAAAUCCGCGACUUUCGAAGAAGCAGAGGCUUGAGUUGGAGCAGCUGCGCGGUCAUCCGAUGACAUGGCGGAGGUAUCACCGCUAUGCUGAUAUCCUGCGGUAUUUGGAGUACCUGCAACACUCACAUUCUGACUUAGUAGAACUUAUACCAUUGGGAAGAUCGUCAGAAGGAUUACCACUAGUUGCAGUAAAGAUUUCAUUAAUAGGGAAUGACACUUCGAUGAAUGUAAAAGGGAAUAAGAAAUGGAAGUUGCGCUCUCGACUAAAACCUGCGGUGUGGCUAGACGGCGGUGCGCAUGCGCGUGAGUGGAUCGCCCCCGCUGUCGCCACUUGGAUGAUACACGCGCUUGUCGAGGGCGAAAAGGAUAAAGGCGCUGAGUACGAAAUGCUAAAGGAAGCGGACUUCUACAUAAUGCCGGUGUUGAACCCCGACGGCUACGAGCACUCGCACACGAACGACCGGCUCUGGAGGAAAACACGUUCGCGACUCGCCGACCACGCCGAUGACUACUAUGUGGGAUGGUUCCCCUGGAAUUGGGGUCAGACAGAGUGUGUGGGUGUAGAUGCAGAUCGCAACUGGGACUACCACUGGGGCGAGAAGGACUCGUCCCAAGACCCCUGUUCUGACAACUACGCAGGCACACACCCGUUCAGCGAACCAGAGACUAGAGCCGUGUCGGAGUUUUUAACUGAACACAGAGGACAAAUCAAGCUGUAUGUAUCUCUGCACGCAUACUCUCAAGCGUGGCUGGUGCCGGGUACGCAUGCGCGUGAAUCGUUCUCAGACGACGGUAUGCUCACCGAAAUGGGCAAGCUGGCAACCGCAGCCCUUGCAGACAUGUACGGCACCAAGUAUCAGGUUGGUACCGCUGCCGAGCUUCGCCAACCUGCCUCAGGAAUGUCACAUGACUGGGCGAAAGCUCGCGCCGGCAUAAAAUACUCCUACCACGUAGAUCUUCGAGACUCAUUUGGACCCUAUGGUUUCCUACUCCCCGGGUCACAAAUAGUGUCCACUGCUCGCGAAACCUGGCAAGCAGUUAAAGCAAUCGUAGACAAUUUAUCGGCAGUUUAAAUUAUUUUACUAUCUUAUGUUGGUACCGACAUUAUGCCCUAAAUCUGAUUACACUCUAUGAUCAAAUGAAGGGAUUAAUUUAUUUUUGCUUCAAAAAGUAAAUUAUUGAAACGUUUACUUACAUCGUUUUGCCUGUUCCUAUUUUAACUCUGUGAACUAAUUUGUCAUCGCAAUGGUGGGUUUUAGAGUUUACUUAUCUUGUAAGUAGGAAUAUGAAAAUUCUCGAUCAAAGAUCAAAAGGAUUAUGCAUUUAUAAUUUAUUUUGUAGUAGAUAAGUAUUAGAUUUCAUUAUUUUACGAGGAACUUGAUUAAAUGAGUCGUAUUAAUAAGUU